AUAUUAGCACUCAAUGUUUAAUAACUAAUUUUCGAACUCUUUUUUUUCGGCGCAGACUCAUCUAGUAACAUUAUGAACUCGCGUGGUGUAAACCCCUUGCCCUGCAUUUCCGCUUAACAAUCUCGAAUUAGAAUCUGCACUGUAAUGCUGCUUAUGCAUAUUUAUGUAUACCGUUUUCUAUAUUUGUCGUUUAUAUCGCACAUUAAGUUUAAUAUCAUGUGACAUUUAAUGUCAAUGAGUAAUAUACGCGUGAUGUAGCUUGGUAAAAGAGAUUAGUGUAUACAUGCAAUUAUUACAUUAAAAUUAUCUCUUUCUCUCUUUGUAUAAAUUCACCGUAAUGGCAAAAUGAUGUAAAACACAAUAGCCGAGCGAAUGAAUAAUAAACAAGUAAACACAUCCGAGAUGUGAUGCACCGCGUACAACGGGUACAUAAAUCUGUAAUAAUAACUGAGAAACAUGAUUAGCCUUGCUUACAAUUAGUUAAAUGCAACAAUUAAUGUAUAUAUACAUUGUCCGUAUAUACCGCGUGAGAUUUUUUCCUCUCAGAAAAUUUUCAUCUUUAAAUGAUCUAAUAAUUUAAUUACUUGGUUGGUAUUCAUUAAAAGAUAUAAAUGACUCUUUUCUUACAGAGAGAUUUCGAAAGAGAGCACGACGAUUAGAUCGAUCAGGAGAAAAGUCAAAUAUCUUUACGGUUACGACAUUCUCGUCGGCAUUAAGUGUCGCUUAAUGGCCGAUAGCCGAUACCUCGACAUUCGCCUUCCUCUCAUACUUGCGAUGUACGUGCUUGUCGACUGAAAUGGAUUGGAUUAACACUUCCGAUAUCGUCGCGCCGUAUCCACGUACUUCGAGGACGAGUCGCUGCCGACGACGAACGACGGAUCGAACGCGGGGUAUCGAGUGUAUCAGCGAGAGUGGUUGAACGUGGAACAGGCGAGAGCGCAGCAGCAGCACGUGAGACGAGUGUCGUCGCUCGAGACACUUGUUGCACGUCGGUCGUCCCUUAAAGAGGGUCUGUCGGCGUCAAUAUCGGGGCCAUUCGCCGAGCAUUUCACCGAGAUCGCGGUGAGAGAUACGCGGACCUAGAUCAUCGAUAUCGCGGAGGGGCGAGUGCGAAGGCGUGAAAAGGCGCGAGGGUGGUGGCAGCGGUGGUGAACGCGCCGCGUGAUGUCGCUCGACUGUCGCGGGACGAUCGCGGACGACCGCGUGGCGAGAGACGCGUGCCUCGUACGUGCCCUGCUGCCGAUCACCGUUCGCAAAAAGUGCACGCGCGCCGCCGGUGAUCGUUAGCGUGAGCGCGGUGGUGACUCCGAGUGCCGAUCGGAGGCGACGUGUUUCGACCUGGCAUGCCGCCGAUCGUCGUGCGACCCCCCUCGGUGGUCGGCCGUCGUCGUCGGUGCGUACGAACGCUCGAAUAACAAUCGGUGGAAUCGCGUGGUGGACCACGGGAGCAGCGGAGUGCCGGAUUAGACGCGUGCCGGAUCGGUAUAUCGUGCCCGGGAUCAAGAGAAGAGCGAUCAUGUGCUACGCUCGGUGACACCGGUCGCGAUCGUGCGCGGCGUUACCGUUGGCGGUACACGUAGUCAGCAGAGAGAGCAGAGCUACCACUGCGGGACUAUCACCACGUGGUGGAUAUCCCCGGGCGUGUACUCGGGCAGUUUCGGCUAGGACAAGAGGAAAGGAAGAUCGGAAGGCUGGAUCACCUCCGUGGAAUGUCUUCGGGCGCCAAGCGACUGGUGCAGUCGCUUAGGGGCCGGACGGGAGGCAGGGGCACCGGCGGUCGUUCCGACGGCGGUGCCGGGGAAGACAGCGGUGUCGGGGGUGGCGGGGCCAGCACCAGCGCGACGAGGUUAUUCCAUUACGACAGCGGACACGAGCUCGACGAGAUCUCCGUGAUCGGGGCUAACGUCAGGGACAACGAGGGACUGACGACGCCCACCACGCCAUGUCACUGCAGGAGUAUCAAGUACGGUAGCGGACAGACGCUUUGCAGCAUCGCCGGAUUGCCGCCCGCCCCCGCCGGGCACAGAGCACAGUCCGGUGUCAUCACAGGUGGGGUAAGGCAUCGUCUGAGCGGCGGUUCCGCGUCCGCCCUGAGCUACGGGGGCGAAAAAUACGGCAGAAGCGGAAGGUCCUGCGAUAGAGCUGGGGGCGGCAGGGAAAAGGAGGAUGACACCAAGAGUGCGGAGAACAUUUCCAGGGGGGUUUUACCCUCGAGGCAGAGCCUCUUGGACCUCGUCAGCGGUAAAUUCAUGAGCCGACACACACCCACUCACCACUACUACUAUCAGCAGCAGCAGCAGGUGUAUUCUGUGUCGCAGCGAUACUUCAGCUCGUCACGGGACUCGCUAUCCGGGGGAUACGUGAAUCGGGGGGCGAGCGAGCUCGACCUGAGCCGCAAGCCGAGAAGAAGGGACCACCUAAGGGGCAGAUUCAAGCUGCCAUAUACAGUUGCGCUUACGUCCUCGCGUGACCAAUCGCACCUCCACACACCGGCAUCAGUCAAUCAUCUCAGUAACAGUAGCUGCAACGGCACUGAAACGAGGUACACGGCGCAACAACAGCAACAACAACGCGGUAGUAGAGGCUAUCCCGGACAACCUGGAUCGAGGAAUUUUCGCACGGGUGCACCAAAUUGGUCCUUCAUCUUCGAUCCUGCGGGACGUCUCUGUUACUACUGGUCGAUGGUGGUUUCUCUUGCCUUCCUUUACAACUUCUGGGUAAUCAUCUAUAGGUUUGCCUUCCAGGAGAUCAACGGAGAAACUCGUUGGGUGUGGUUUUGCCUGGAUUACUUCUCGGAUUUUUUAUACGUGCUCGACAUAAUAUUUCACAUUCGAACGGGAUACUUGGAAGACGGCGUGCUACAAACUGACGCCACGAAACUGAGAAAUCAUUAUACGAACAGCACCACGUUUUACAUAGACAUCCUGUGCCUGCUGCCCCUCGACUUUUUAUACUUAUCUAUAGGAUUUAACAGUAUGCUGCGAAGUUUUAGACUCGUAAAAAUUUACCGGUUCUGGGCGUUCAUGGACAGGACCGAGCGACACACGAACUACCCGAAUCUGUUUCGCUCGACCUCCUUGAUACAUUAUUUACUAGUGAUCUUUCACUGGAACGGGUGCCUCUAUCACAUUAUUUAUAAGAACAACGGCUUUGGCAGUAAGAACUGGGUGUUCAGCGACUCCGAGACGGCGGACGUUGUCAAGCAAUACCUACAGAGCUACUACUGGUGUACUCUUGCCCUAACGACUAUCGGUGAUCUACCCAGACCGAGAAGUAAGGGCGAAUAUCUUUUUGUGAUUGGUCAGCUGUUCUUCGGUCUGCUGCUAUUCGCAACGGUGCUGGGUCACGUCGCAAACAUCGUCACUUCCGUCAGUGCGGCGCGGAAGGAGUUUCAGGCAAAACUGGACGGUGUGAAGACUUACAUGCGGAUGAGGAGGGUACCGAAUCAUUUACAAGUUAAAGUUAUCAAGUGGUUCGACUACUUGUGGCUGACGCAGAAGUGCUCCGACGAAGAAAAGGCAGUCAGUUGUCUUCCAGAUAAGCUGAAGGCAGAGAUCGCGAUAAACGUUCACCUGGACACGCUUAGGAGGGUUGAGAUCUUCCAGAACACGGAGGCUGGCUUCCUGUGCGAGCUGGUGCUGCGACUACGGCCCGUUCUUUUCUCACCUGGCGACUACAUCUGCCGCAAAGGUGAGGUGGGAAAGGAGAUGUAUAUAGUGAAUAGGGGCCGACUGCAGGUGGUGGCCGACAACGGAAAGACGGUGCUCGCCACCCUUAAGGCGGGUUCCUACUUCGGGGAGAUCAGCAUUCUCAAUAUGGGGACCGCAGGUAAAGAGUGCGGUAACCGGCGAACAGCCAGCGUGCGCUCGGUCGGCUACUCGGACCUCUUCGUACUCAGCAAGAAGGACAUGUGGGACGUGCUCAAGGAAUAUCCGGCUGCCAGGGUGCGCCUUGAGGCCAUCGCAGUCAAGAGGCUGGAGAAGUACAAGAGAGCUCCUCUGGAGAAAGUUGCCAUGGGCAGGUGCCAGAGCACACCCGGCUUGGUCGAGUCGCGAGGCCGCGUGUCGCUGGAGGAUAUGUGGAUAUCGCCGAUCGACCUCAAGUCCAGCCACGCAUACUCGACGGCCGCCUCGCUGUUCUCACCGAGCCCGAGCCCGGUGACGGCUCGGCCGGCCGCGGGGACUCUGGCCGACGCGAAUAACGUGCCCAGGGGCACGGACAGCCCGGUAAGCGGCGCCAGCAGCGGGCCCAGCAGCGAGGACCAGACGGCCAGGGCGCAGCCAUCAGCCACCACUCAAGCCUCCACCGGCAAACAGUCUACCACUUAUUCUGGCAUGACCUGCAACAGUAUGACGCAACUGGUGAGUGAGGGUACGACACCCCUGUUCGGUACCCACGAGGCUCUGCUGGCGGAGAUUCAGCGUCUCCGCGAGCGUCUGAAAUGUUUGGAGACCGAGAACGCGACGAUGAGCAUCAAGCUGAACCAACAGCAAUGGGAGGUCGAGCAUCGGUUGGCUGAAAUCGAAAUGCAAAUCUGCGGGGCGAGUUCGACCUCGAGCGUCGAGGACAACAAUGAGAGAAAUCGGGAAAGCAUUAUUUAA